GCCAGGCAAUGUGAAUGUGUGAACAUAUUUAUAUACAUAUUUUAUUAACUUCAAACUAAAUAUGUGGGCAUAUUGCUCAGGAAAGGCAUGGCAUAUAUUGUGACUAAUUCUGUAAAACUGUUAAGUGUAUGCAGGCCUCAGUAUUAGAAUACUGUAAGUCCAAGUAAAUUGGAUCAGCAUAUAGGUGUGAGAAUCUUCAAUAUCAAAUUGGCCAGGGUCUCACUGCAUGUGACUAGAUGUCACACUGUUGUUUGUCAAUACAUACAUACCUGUAGAAUAGAACUGAGUACUAGUGCAUCUGGUGUUUCAUCCUGGAGGCUGUCACAGUAGAAAAGCUCCCCAUGUCUAGGCCAAAGAGUGGCUUACUUGAUAUGAAAUUCAACAGACUGGUGGCAAUUUGUCUAUUGCUGACCCUUGCGCUCAUACUGUACCUGUAUUUUGGGAGAUCUAAGAAGAUGGUGGAUCCACAUGCAACCUGGAAGACAGGGAGGGAAUUUGAGAGUGUACCACAAGAGGCUUUGGACAAAUCCAGAACUGUCACAGUUGACACCAGGACCAUGACAGUCAGGGUUGGAGACAAGGAAGCGAAGGUGUUUUAUCGUGAGGCUAUCCCAGAAGGCACUGCCAAGCUGUCAGUCCUUUUCCUCCAUGGCAUGAGGUUCAGUUCCAAGGACUGGAAUGACAUUGGGACACUGCAGAUAACUGCUGCCUUAGGCUAUAGAGCUGUGGCCGUUGAUCUCCCAGGAUUUGGACAGAGCCACAAAUCCGAGGCUUCCUCUCAAGCAGUCCCCUUUAUGAAAGCGCUGAUUACUGAGUUAGAUUUGCAGCGUCCAGUGCUGGUCAGCCCAUCCAUGAGUGGACAGUUUGCCAUUCCAUAUCUAAUGGAGAAUCCCGUCAAAGCACAGGAACGUCUCCGUGGUUACAUCCCUGUGGCUCCAGUAAAUACUGGGGCUUUUACACAUUCAGAGUACCACAGAGUAGAGGUGCCCACCAUGAUAGUCUAUGGGUCCAAGGACACCUCACUGGGCCUGACCUCACUGAAUGACCUGCGGAACAUCAGAAAUAGUGCUAUAUUCAAAAUAGAGGAUGCAGGGCACCCUUGUUAUUUAGAUAAACCAGAGAAAUGGCAUGAGCUGUUGUACAACUUCUUAGCUGCCAUUGAGUGAUGUACCAUGACUUGAUUGUCUUUCUUUUUUUAUUAUAUUUUGUUACAAAUGUUUUUUUAAUCUUGCCCACUAAUUGAUUUCAUUGAUUGCUAGAAAUGAAUUUGCACAGAUCAUACCAACAUCAAGGAAAAGUAUAGUUUUGACAGGGUAUUAAAAAAGCAUUAAAAUUAUGUAAUUGGAAGUGCUGAGAAUUGAAUUAAUUAUCUCAUGAACACUGGGCAAAUGUCAUUUUCAAUUAAUCGUGCAUUUUUGCAUGGUAUUAUGUCUUCCUGCAGAUUAUAGGCUAAUAAGGUCAUAUUGUGAGCUGGCAUUUCUAUAAAGGGGGAGUGCAUUGGAAAAUAUAGCAUCACAUGAACAAUUUUACCAGUAGAGGUAUCUUGCUGCUGUUAAACUCUUCACUGUAUAUUUCAAAAUCCUUGGAGAAUGAAAAUGAAAUCAAACAUUUUUGUUUUUAACUUUGAAUGGUCUAUAAGACAUACACUUUUGCUUAUGGUUAACAUUAUUCAGCAGUAUGCAAACUGAGAAGCAGUCUAUUAUGGAAACAUUCCAGGGCAGUUUAUUGCUUUGUUUUCCUGGGCAGAGCAACAGCCAUGAGAUCUGUAUGAUCUGUACAUUGCAUUUUUAUGUUAGGUGUAAUAUUUAGCAUUACUUGAAAGGACAACACAGCUGCUUUAUAACGUACAUUGUUGAUCAAGGUUGCUGUUAGUAAGGCUAUAAAGACUACAAGAUACAUAUAAUUUCUAUAUUGGUUUUCAUUGAUAUGUAGCUGUGUUUUUUCAAUUUUUAAGGAAGAAACCUUUUAUGUUGGGAUCUGUAUUUGGAUAAAUGUGUUAAAGAAACGAAUUUGUGGUGCCAGUUUUUUUUUUACAUUGGUAGUCAAGCUAAAGGUUGAGUAUAGCAUUUUUCAAAUGUAUCUAUGGAUACACCUUUGUAUGUUGAUGCUUUAGUAAAUUUAUUCUUUUGAUACUUAGAAAAUGUAGAAGCACUGGGCGAUACGCGGUUUGUUGAUAUUCAUAUUCAGGGGCUGGGUCUAACGUUUUUUUUUUCUUUGUCAUAAUAAAAUGUUUUUAAAAGGAUUAA